AAAUUUCCGCCAUAUUCAAAUUUGGGCGUCGGAAUAACGCGACGGUUUGUCGAAAGUGUGUUUUGUUUUUCGGCUUUGUUGCUGAUUUUCUACAAGUUGAGUAGAAAUUUUGAGGUGAAAUUUACUCAAGAUGACGGCCAAGGAGGUUAAUGUUGAUGCUCUGGGUAGCAUGAAGCGUUCCGAGCUACAGAAACUGGCCAAACAAGCUGGGAUCAAGGCCAACAUGAAGACUGAUGAUUUGAUCAGUGCUCUACAGCAGUACCAUGGGAAGGAGCAAGGUGGUGACGGGAUCAACACUGAGUUCACAACACAAUCCUCGGACUACAAGACCUGUACAGAUGUGAGCAGUGCAGACUCUGGUGCGGAGACAGCAGCUCCUCAGCCGGAGAUUCCUGCUAAAGUCACCAAGAGGAGGGGUCGUCGACCCAAGAAAGCCGCCAAGGAGGCACCAGUCAACACCUCCAUGGACACCACCUCUGACAGUGUAGAAUCUAACAGUAACACAGAUGUCUCCACGGAGGAGAAGACACCAGAAGCCAAGGUUAAAAGGGGGAGGCCAGGGCGUGGAGGUCGGACCAGGGCAGGGCGUGGCAAGAAGGCUUCAACUCCAGUGGACACCACUGCUACUGACUCGGAACUGGAAAAGGUCGUCAGUCCUGUAUCACCUGCAGACAAGCCCGCUGAACGUCGCAGCCGUAGCAAGUCCAAGACGCCGACACCUGCGCAGGUGCCCGUUGCACGCCGCAGCCGCAGCAAGUCAAAGACCCCAACGUCUGCACAAGCACCACUUGAACGUAGAAGCCGAAGCAAGUCGAAGACCCCAACAGCUGUGCAGGUGUCCACUGCAAGUCGCAGCAAGUCCAAGACCCCCACCACAGCUGAGAAGGCAGCAGCAGCAGCCGGGCCUCAGACCCCCCUCCUGUCCCUGGAGUCUCCUCCUGCUCAGCUACGCAGGUCCAAGAGGUCCAAGACCCCGACUACUUCUGAUGAUGAGAAGCCUCAGUCUGGCAAGAGGGGCUCGUCUGGUCCCCGGGCCAAGAAAAUCAAACGGGACACAUUUGAGAUCGAGAAGAAGGAGGAGGAAGAGACAGAAUCUAAGGAUGCAGUUGCCAUGGGAACAGAGGAGAAGGCAGCUCUGGAGGCUGAAGUGAUGGCAGAGCUGAAGAAAAGGGUGGAUGCUAAGAUGCCAGCUAAGGACCCGAAUGCUCCCAGCAGCACCACCAGUAUCCCCAGGUUUACCGCCUACCUCCAGAAGAGUAACAAAAAACCCAUCACACCAGGAAACAAGGACUGGGACAAGAUUCACAACAAAAGCUUUAAGAAGAUGGAGUCCAUCGAUGACUACCUGGCCAGGAAGCGCAAGAUGACUGACGCUUUCACUGCUUCUGUCAAGAAGGCAAAGUUGGUUGCUGAUGAAGCCAAGGCCACCAUGCAGAGUCUGAAGACCAAGCCGACUCCCCGGGUAACAGGAACCCCCUCUGGUGUCACCCCUGGGAGGAGGUCACUGGCCAUGAAGACACCCGGAAGCAACAAGAGUGGCCGUGUAGUGAAGCCUGUAGCCAGGAGGCCCAGUGUGGUGAGGAAGACUCCCUCUUCCAUCAUGAAGUCCACUCCUGGUACCACAUCCUCCCAGGCCAGGCCUAAGACUACUGCUGAGAAGGCUGUCAAAUUCCGGCCAUCAGGACUGAAGCCCCCCACAAAGCUUGUGUUACCUGCCCUGCCGUCAACCUUCACCAAAACAGAACCUGCCAAUGCCAGUGCACGCAAGUCAGUGGGUCAGCACAUCACACCUUUCAAGUUUACAGCAGGUGCCAAUGUGACCUUCAACUCCACAAUGAACUCUACAAUGAACUCGACCUUCACCUCACCUGCUCCCAGACCAACCUUUGACCUCAAGGCCUCCAAACAGAAGCCGCUCACCUACAAGCCUCACUCUGGUGCAUUGCAACCAUUGAAUGCAGAAGAAGAGAAGAAACAGAAAGAGAAGGUGGACAGGUACCUGCAGGCAAAGCAGAUGUACAAGAGGCCAGUCAUCAAGAGUCGGGACGACAGACGCAAGAAGAUGCAGGAGAACAGGGGGAGGGCCAAGGACAGCCGCAUGCUGGCCAGAAGAGGGAUUGAAUGCUAAAUCAUGGGAUACUAGAAUACUAGUAGCUGUAGAAUUUGUUCUUGUCUACAUAAGGUUUGACAGAAGACAAGUGUAGUCAAACUUUUGAAAAUAAUGGAGCUUUUGUAAUGUUUCGUGUGACGAAAGCUUCAACAAUGCCAGCACAUGUGACCAGACUGUUGAAACAUUAUUUGCUACUUCAUUAUCAUGUCUAGUGUUCUUGACUCUCCUAUUCUUUCUCUUCUCUGUUUCUUCACAAAGCUUGAUUAUUGAGAGCUGAUACAGCAACUAACUGAUAAUUGGAACUUGUGUUUGUAGUGUGAUAUACCAAAAUUGUUCAGACUUGUAAUUCACAAAUGUUUCAUGAUGCUGAAAAUUCCUUGAAGACAGGAAAAAGGCUAUUCUGAUGAUACUUUCUAUGAUUAAUAUGUAGGUAUAUAAAUUCAUUAAUUGUAAUCUAGAACAUUUUACAAGUUUUAUUGGCAGCUGUCAUGUGUCUUUUUUAGAGGAUAAGUAUAAGUACAUUUUGAAUGAAACUACCAUUUAUUUUGUACUCAUGUACUACAACUGUCUUAUCAUCUCUCUGUCAAAGGUGCAUUUAGUUUUAGAAAAUGUUUAAUUUCAGAAGGUCUUUUCUCAUCUUUUACUGUUGAUCUUUUUUUAUAUACUAGUACUUCGUCGUCCUGCAAAGGGCUUGACAUUGUCUUCCCCUUUGUGAAAUGUAAAUAUAUCGUAGUGUUUCUAAUAAAGACUAAAGACAC